GGUGUUUGCCUGAUUUGUGACCAUCUUUCCCGUCUUCAUACCAAUUAAAGCCAUCUGAAGGUGAAGAUGUCACUGGAGCGACUAACACCCUCACAGAGCGACGGUUUUGGCAUCAGGAAGAUAACUGGGGUUCUUCCAUGUUCUGCACAGUAGAAGUGGGAGUUCAGUCGUUGGGGUGAUUAUCACAACUGAAAAACGGCUGAAGCGUGCUCAUUUCCGAGUGCUAGUGACACUUUGAGAAGCGGGUUCGCUUUUUGAGACUACUCUUUAACGCUAUCAGGCACGGAUAAAACCUCAUAAUUCCCACAAUUAUGCUUUGUUGCCUAGGGUUUUAGUUUUAUGAUUCCACUCUCAAACUCGAAACCAAUAAUGGCGAUUUCAUCUGCAAAUCUAAUCCCCAGAACUGCAAUUCAGCUACAGAGGCAAGUCCUUCUGAUCCCCUGGGUGAAAAAGAAGAUGAAGAUGGGAAUUAUUAGCUGUUCAAGGAGGAGAGACUACAGCAAUUCGGUUCCAGUAAGGUACAUUCCCAAGAAAUUAUUAGAAAAUAAAGAACCAGAAGCUUCUUUUUAUUCUCCCUCAAAUGGAUUAGGUGAUGUGAAAAUACAUGGUACUAAUAGUUCAGAAUCAAAUGGCAAAAGAUUUGAACUUUCCAAAAGUGAGCAGACUUCAUGCAGUACCAGGAGCUUUGUUUUAGGUUCCAAGCUUCGAAAUCUAAAUGAAAAUGCAAUUCACAACAUAAGCAAUGAUGUGACAUUGGAUGGUGGUAGAGUUGUUGAGUCAAAUGUACCAAGGAUUGGAAUUUCGGAUAGUGCGCAGACAUCUUGCAGCAGCAGGGGCUUUGUUGCUGACACGGAGUUUCAAUACCAAAAAGAAAGAGAAAAGCCAGUUACUGGAUUGGAUACAAGUAAAGUUGUUCAAUCAAAUCUAGAGGGAAUGGAACAUUUUAAAGGUGCACAGACUUCUUGCAGUAGCACGAGCUUUGUUGUGGACAUGGAGUUUCAAAGUCAAAUCGAAAAGCCAACUAACAGUUUGAAAGCUGAUGUUGGAUUGGAUACAAUUACAGUUGCUGGAUCAAAUGAGGACAGACGUGAACUUUCCAAACGUGCUCAGACCUCAUGCAGUGGCAGAAGCUUUGUUGUUGGUGCAGAGUUUCUGAAUGAGAAUGAAAAGCCAAUUGAUAACUUAGACUGUGAUGUUGGUUCAGCUUCAAAUAGAGCUGUUCGAUCAAAUAUACAAAGAAGUGAACUUUCCAAGAGUUUGCAGACAUCAUGCAGCAGCAGGAGCUUUGUGGGGGACACUGAGUUUCAAGAUCAAAAUGAAAACCCAAUUAACAGCAUAAAAAAUAAUAUUGGAUUUGGUACAAGUAGAGUUGUUCAAUCAAAUGAACAGAGACGUGAUCUUUCCAAAAGUGCACAGACUUCAAGCUGUGGCCAGAUUUGUAUUGUAGAUAACAAGUUUCAAAGCCAAUAUGCAAAAAGAAUUGAUUAUCAUGCUGGAUUGGGGAUUGGAGAAGAACUUGAUGAUCAUAUGCAGUACGACAGCUACGAGGUCAUGGAGGAACUCGAAGGUUUUUCGGAAGAGGAGAGCAAUCAAGACCAUAGGAUUCAAGGAUCUCGAAUAAAGAAAGAUGUUGAGAAGUUGGCCAUUGAAUUACUUGCUACGAGAGCUUAUACAGCUGUGGAGCUAAGAAAGAAACUGCUGGGGAAGGAAUUUCCAGUUUGGGUUGUUGAUGCAGUAAUAACUGACUUUCAGACCAGAGGCUUUAUCAAUGAUGGCUUGUAUGCGGAAACAUUUUCCCGUUCUAGAUGGUCGUCCUCAACUUGGGGUCCGAGGCGAAUAAAAAAGGCCCUCUACAGCAAGGGAGUCAGCAUCAUGGACACAGAGAAGGCGAUAAAGUUAGUUUUCAAUGAUGCUUCAGCUUGUGAAGAUGAAGAAUCAGGUCUUGGUAUAUCAAAGCGUUCAAUGGAUCAUUUAUUUUCUCAGGCUUCAAAGCAAUGGUUGCGAAGUUGUGGUGCGUCUACAGAGACAAGAAAAUCCAGGAUUGUUCGCUGGCUCCAAUACCGUGGCUUCAAUUGGAGCAUUAUCAAUUCUGUGCUAAAGAAGUUAGAGUCGCACUAUCCUUCCUAAAGUCCUUUACUUUGCUGCCUUGGAAUAGAUAGAAUUGGGCAUUUGUAUUUCAGGUUAUGGUUCUUCACAAUCAUUUAAGAUAUGUCGAUUAGUAUCUGCCAUGGAUUCCAUACAGCUUGUUACGAUUUUAUCAAGUCUCUGGCGUCACAGUACAUUUUGCAUCAGGUAGACCUAAAGUCUGUGCUAAGUAGACCAUAUAAGAUAUUUACCUUUUAACUAAAUGACCGAAUGGGAUUGUCAGGAAUAUAUUGUGAAAACUGAUUGUAUCUUGUAUAAUGCAAAUGAAAGCAUCCCAAGCAAAGACUUCUUAUUGCUUGUGUCCA